UUAACAAUUAUCAUCUUUAUAUAAUAGGAAUAUAUAUAUUAUCUUGAUAUAUUAGGAAUAAUAAUGAAAUCAUUUUUUCAAUUUUUGUAUUUUAAAAAUUAAUUUAUAUUAAAAAUUUUUAUUUGUAACAUAUUGUAAAAAAAAUAAUUUAAACAUUUUGACAUUUUCAUUUAAUCUUUAUGAUCCUUAUAACUUAUAUAUUUAAAGAAUAUAUUAUAAUUAUUAAAUCCUUAUAUAUAUUAAACAAUUCUUACAUUCCUUUUAUUAAUUUUAUAUAAAAUGACAUUCUUUAUGAUAUAUUCAGUAUUACAUAUAAUAUUCAUAAUUAUGAUGGGAUCUUCAUCUGCCACUUUUUCAAAUAAUAAGGAAAAUAUAGGCAAAUAUUUAUCUGCUUCUUAUAAUAAUUUUACAAAAGAUCUUUAUAAAGAAUUAACUUCUACCAAUGUAGGAAAUAUUAUUAAUUCACCAUUAAUAAUACAUAUGAUAUUGUCUCAUCUUUCUCAUGGUGCAGAAUCUACUACUUUAGAUGAAUUAACUAAAAGUCUUUAUCACUAUAAUAAAAGUUUAAUAGAAGAAGAAUAUAGAUCAUUAAUUAUUAAAUUAAAUGAAUUGUCCAUGGUUAAAUUAUAUAUUGCAAAUGCAAUGUAUAUUCAAGAUGGAUUUGAAAUAUUGACAGAAUUUUUAACAGUAGGAAAAGAUGUUUAUCAAUCUGAGAUUUCAAAAGUAGAUUUCAAAAAUAAUGUAGAAGCAUCUCAAAAAAUCAAUGCUUGGGUUAAUGAAAAAACAAAUAAUAAAAUACCUUAUUUUGUAUCUUCAGAUAAUUUUAAUGAGAAUACAAAAUUAAUAUUAAUAAAUGCAAUAUAUUUUAAUGGUACUUGGUUAAAUAUAUUUAAUAUAAGAGAUACAAAGGAUAGAAUAUUUCAUGUAUUGAAAAAUCAAACAAAACUUGUACCGACAAUGUACAGUAAAUCUAAAUAUACUUAUGGUGAUAUGCCAACAUUGCAAGCUAAAUUUAUUGAAAUUCCAUACAAGAAUCCAGAUGUUGCAAUGAUAAUAAUAUUACCAAAUCAAAUAGAUGGUCUUUUAAAUUUGCAAACUAAUUUUUCAUUUGAAAUGCUUGCAAAUACAACUCGAUUCUAUAAUGAUAUUGAAUUAUAUCUUCCAAAAUUUAAAAUUGAGUUUACAAUGGAUUUAAAAAAUGCUUUGAAUAAGCUUGGUUUAAUUACAAUGUUUAAACCAAAUGCAAAUUUUAAUCGUAUUUCUAAUAUACCAUUAAUGGUUGAUAAAGUUUUACAUAAAGCAAUUAUAGAUAUUAAUGAAGAAGGUACUGAAGCUGCAGCUACAACAGGUGUUUUUUUAAGACUUCGACGUUGUACAUAUCCGGAAGAAACGGAAAAAUUUAUAGUUGAUCGGCCCUUUAUGUUUAUAAUUGAAUAUAAACCAAACAAUAUACCACUUUUUAUUGGGAAUGUGCAGGAUAUAGAAGUUACUUCACAAAGAGAUGAAUUAUAAAUUUUUUUUAUAACAAGAAAUAAUCAGUAACUAUUAAAUUAAAACACAUCUUUGUUUUUAAUAUAUAUAUAUAUAUAUAUAUAUAUAUAUAUAUAUAUAUAUUAUAUAUAUAUAAUAUAUAUAUAUAUAUAUAUAUAUAUAUAUAUUAUAUGUAAUAUAAUUAAUGAUUAACAAUUUAAUGAUAAUAUUGUACAUAUAUUAUACAUAAUAAAUAUACAUAAUAACAUUCAUUUUAUACAAAUAAAUCAUUACAAAAUUUAAUUACAAAUAUAAAAUCGCACAAAAAGCACAAUAAAUCAAAAACAAUAUAAUAUAAUAAAUUAUCAAUAUAAUAUAAGAAUCAUUUAGAAAUAUAAUAAUACAAAUAUAAUUACAACAAUUCAUUUAGAAAAAUUAAUUUUUCAAAUAAAACAACCUAUUAUCAGAAGUUAUAGUAAUAGAAUUACGAAAUUAUAAAUUGUAUAAAGAAAUUCGCAUUAAAUAAAUUAUUUUUUAAUA